AUGGGAACCCGUAUUGCUUCGUGUGGUCGUUGUCGGGCCAAAAAGUUGAAGUGCGAUCGCAGACCUACGACAUGUACCUCUUGUUCCAGAGCAGGAGUUGCAUGCCUGCUCCCUAAUCCACCUCCUCGACUCGUUUGGUUGAACCCGGAAUUUGGGCCUCGAUUGGACGGCGAAGAUCCCAGACAAAGUACAAAAAGGGAAGCUUUGUAUACCAGUAGGUUCUUCUCACCUGGUAGCACCUCACUGACGUUCUCACUAAGCUAUUCAGUUCGGGAACGAGCCUUGGAAUGCUCCCGAUUGCAGUCAUGGGUCAAUCACCAGGGAAUUGACUCGCUUCUUGACCAAAUUGAUGUGCAGAGUCGUGCCCUGAAUGCAGAUAAAUCUGCCACUAUUGGAUUCUUUGGUGCAUUUUCAAUUCAGCAGGCUCGAAACAAGCCACCCGAACACGAGUUGGAGACGCCUUCAUUCUCGAAUGUCACAGAGACGGAAUGUUUCGACUCCCACGAGUUGUUUGGAGAGGCAGAAAAUUCAAAUCUCGACGAUGAUGACGUUGCAUCUCUGCAAGAAUGUCUUCAACGUUCUCCCUCACGCAACGCCGCAGUGAGUCAAUCCAAACAUGGAGUCGUGUCAGGGGCAUGUAUCCUACCCCAACGAUCGGACUUUGAUAUUAUGCCUCUCUUAGCUUCUCCGACUGCUUUCGUGGUUUCCGCGGUCUACGCCCAAGAUCUUGCAGACCUAGAUCCUAUCACAUCAAAAACCCUGCUCGAUCACUACACCGGCACUCUAGUAUCACGACUCUCACCUGCUCAAAUACAGUCCAAAUCUCCUUGGAAGACACUACAUAUUCCAAGCGUUCUCCAAACUCUCGGAGAAGUUAUGCUGACCGGGACUGGAAGCAAUGCACGAGUCGCAUUAAUGUUUGCUAUAUUUGCUACAACUGCUUUCAAUUUGCAUCACCUCGGGUUGUCGCAAGAUUCGUCCUCUACGGCGUGGCACUCAAUGGGUGAGAUCUAUCGGCAAAGAGCUAAAGUGCGACUAAAAGCCUGCCUCAGGAGCUUUUCACCUACUUAUAAGAAGGAGAAGAACAAGGAAGUCCUCAUGGCAUUGCUAAGCAUGGUCACAAUAUGUGUGGUUAGCGGGGAUAUGAAAGAAGCCAGAGCUUAUCUGCUUGACGUUGAGAACUUCAUGAGAAUUCAACAUGCUAAAAAGCCACAGAUGUCCCCAAAGAUGCAGAUGCUGCACAGCAUUUAUCUUUAUCUCCGAACCUUGGAGGAGACUACCCAUAGUUAUCAACCCAGCGGAGUAGGCGAGGACUGCUCUUCCCCAAUCACCGCUUGGAGACGGCUUGGAAGCGGCUCAUGGGAUCCUGGUCCAACUUCGUCUUCCUGGCGGAAUUGGUCUCCUUCUCGGGGUGCCGAGCACGAAUCAGCCAUGACCAGCCAUGACCCAAAGCUUGUCCAGAACGACGACAAUAAUGCUUCUAUCUUUGAACAAAUUUAUUCGAUUCCAGAGUCACUGUUUUGCCUCAUGUCACAUGCAGCCUCCCUAGCCCACGCGAUGAGUCAAGUGAGAGGGAUGAGAGAAGAUGACUAUGUGGCCCAUACGACAUUUUCUCAGCAGAUAAGGCAGACAGAGGCGGAUAUCUGCUCGUGGAAGAACGUCUACCAGCUCCCUCAAGCAUCGAAACAGUCCUCGAAGUUCCACUCAGAGAUUUGUUCGGGCAGUCCACCACAGACCAACCACGCGGAGAACGCUGAGGACAUUUCAGACUUCAAAUCUCAGCGCUCAACAUUGCUCCAUCACUUCAAUGAAGCCCUGCAUGCAGCCAUCAUCAUCUAUUUCUACCGAACGGUGAAAGACGUCAACACUGUAACAUUGCAACCUAUCGUCGAAAGAGCUCUCUAUCACCUGCUAAAACAUGAAACGUUAAAGGAAAAGUAUCACGAUCCUUCCUCAAACACCUGCUGGCCAGGGUUUAUUGCUGGAUGUGAAGCCUUGGAUCCCAAGCAUCAAGACCAGAUCUCUGGAUGGUUGCAAAGAUCAGCACAACAGAGUGGAAUGCGUAUGUUUGAGGUUGCUGAUAUGGCAGUAAAGCAAGUAUGGAAAGCCAGGGCGACCUCCGGAAAUUUCGGUCUUCACUGGAGCGAGGUUUUAAAGCAAGACACGUCCUUCAGUGUUUUGGUGCUUAGCUGA